UAAAAUCUCUACUUCUAAAGCGAUACUUAAACUCUUGAAAGCUUAUUUUCUCAAAUCAGUUACACAGAGAAAAGAAAACUUUCCAUAAUUCUAAACAAUGGCUCGCUCUUUCGCUAACAUUAAGGUUCUCUCUACUAUCAUCCUCGACGGUUUUUCCAACACUCUUACCAGACGAGGUUACUCUGCGGCAACAGAAAGUGCAACGAAGGGAUCAGUUGGGUCAAUUGGAACCAAGAUGGGAGGCACAAAGUUAGGAGAAGAGAAAGAUGCUUCUGCUUAUAAGGCUACAUGGGUUCCAGAUCCUGUCACUGGUUACUAUAAACCUGAGAACGUUAAGGAUAUUGAUGUCGCUGAUUUGAGGGCAAAGUUGCUUCGUAAAAAUUUCAAGAAUUAAUUUCAAAUUUUUAACACAUUCAACGGUGGAUAUAAUGAGCUUGUAGGUGUCAAUUGCGAAGAUCUUCUUCGCUUCAUUUAAAAUUUUGUCUAUUGAUAAUAUAUUAGGUGUCUAUUGAUAAUAUAUUGAUAAUACAUAAUAUAUUAGGGUUUGAUACUUUCUUUUGUAAACAUGAA